UAAGGAUGGAUUAUUAGAUGGAUAAUAUGGGUGGGGAUGAAGUGUGGAGGUGGCAUAUCUUUAUCCAUUUGGUUGUUAUUGAUACAUUUGACAAAAUAUAUUUGGGAUGGAUGUUUGGUGAUGCACUAGGGUUUGAUGGGAGAUGGAUGUGUGGUGAUGGCCUAGGAUGUGGGAUGGAUUUGUGGUGAUUGAGAGAGUUUGAAAGGGGUUGAUGUGUGGUGAAGGGUAGGUAAUUUGUAGGAGUAGAGUUUUUUUUUAUCAAUAAUGUGUAGUAUUUGAGUAAUGUACUUAUUUAUUGGAAAAAUAAGACAUUUUGUUAGCUUUUGAAGUAUUGGUAUUGCAAUGGUAAUUACAUAUUAUUUUCAUGUAAUUAAUGUUUAUGCAUGGGUUAAAAAUUGUAGAUGGAUAGAUUGGUCCGGCUUCAUUAUGGUGGUUGUGUGGUAGAUGAAAGUACACAUGGAAGCCAAUUUGAGGGAAUGACAGUUAGACAAUUAGUGUUUUUUGCGAAGCCUACCUUUGAGGAGUUAAUGUCUCGCAUCAAGCAUGAAUUGGAUUGGAAUGAUGAGUCGGUUGGUAUGCAAGGGAGAUACGAUGUGGGCGGCGGUGUCAUGUCACAUAAAUUUAUGUUAGACUUGAAUGGAGAGAUCGAAUGGCAAACAUAUAUAGAUAUAGUAUUGGGGUCACAUUUCAAAUCUCUUGAGGUGUUUGCAUGGAAGAAAGAUGGUAGGAUAGGGAAGAAAGAACUUAUAGACCCUAAUGAAAGUCCACUCAUAGAAUCACCCAUUAGCUGUCACGAACUGUCGGAGAGGUGUAGUAGGAAGGAAGAAUUGAUUGAGGAAGACGUGGAGGGGGGCGAGGGAGUAAAUGAUAUGGCGGAUGUGGAGGUCAGGGAAGAGAAUGACCCGGUAAGGGAGGAAGUACAUGCAGAGGAGAAUGUGCCGUUAAGGGAAGAAGUACAUGCAGAGGAUAAUGUGCCGUUAAGGGAGGAAGUCAAUGUGGAGGAGAAUGUGCCGGUAAGAGAGGAAGGAGAUGUUGAGGAUGGUCGGGAGGUAGGAGAUGAUGUGGAGUUGCCUGAGGAAGAAGCGAAUGCUAAGAAUGUAAGUAUGGGCCUAAGGGAGUUGGCUAGGCUGAAAUUCUAUACCCGAGAGGAGUGUGAGGAGGCUAUGAUACGCAGUGGAUUGAACCCAGGCUGGUUGGAGUAUGAUACAGAGGAUGAAUUGGAUGAGUCCGCUUCCGACUCCGAUGAUGAUCGUCCAGUGCGUAAGAUGUCAGAGCAUGAAAGGACUGUGUUUGCGAAACUGGUGGGUAGAAACCCGGAAAUAACUCAAUUCGAGGAUCUUACCAGAUCUGGGCUAGCAAUUGCUGAUGGGGAUCCACAAUAUGACGGUGCCUUCGAACCAAUAUGUGAUGAACCAAGGAAGGGGUUGGAGUUUCGAUCGAUGGAUGAUCUGAAAAUAUGGCUACAGAGUUAUUCUAUCCGUGUCCACCGGCCGUACCAUGUGAAGGAAUCUAACGCGUCAGUAAAGUAUACUGUGGCUUGUCUCGAUCGCCAUUGCAAAUGGCAGAUUAAUGCAAGGAAGAGUGGAGGAGAUAGGUGGCGGGUGACUAGGGUGGGCGAAGACCACACAUGCUGUAGUGCGGAAGUAACCGGCAAGCAUUUGCAACUUACUUCAAGGUUUAUUGGAAACAGGUUGCAGGCAUUUGUGCGAGCUGAACCAACUUUAUCUCCAGCAGCGAUUGUCGAGGCAGUUGAGCAAAUAUGGCACUAUCGGCCUACGUAUGGCAAAGCAUGGCGUGCUAAGCAAGUUGCUAUGAAGGUCAUUUGGGGAGAUUGGGACGAGGCGUAUGUUCGCUUGCCUACACUGAUGCGUGCCAUCAAAGCAAAGAACCCUACCAUGCAUUUCCGUGUUGAGGCUCAUUCCGAGAAGUCCAGGAUGGUGGAUGGAGUACAGAGGCGAGUAUUUGGACGUGCAUAUUGGAUAUUUGGCCAGUCCAUAGAAGCAUUCAAGCACUUGAGGCCGGUGCUAGCAAUUGAUGGCACUUUCUUAACCGGUAAAUACCAAGGUACAUUGCUCACGGCAAUAGGGGUCGACGCCGGGUUACAUCUUGUUCCCUUGGCGUUUGCUCUGGUAGAGAAGGAGAAUACAUCCAACUGGGAGUGGUUCAUCAACAUGUUGAGAAACAAGUUGAUCGGUCCUAAUAGAGAAGUGUGUAUAAUUUCUGAUAGACACCCUGGCAUUUUGAACUCCAUCAUCCACAUCAUGCCUCAUCACCUAACCAUUCACCACAGGUGGUGCAUGAGGCACUUCUGUGCUAACUUCUACACAGCUGGAGCUACGACUGAUCAGAUGAAAGAUCUUGAGCGCAUAUGUCAAAUAAAUGAGAAAGCAUUGUUCCUAGAUGAGAUAAAACGCCUCAUGGGUGUGGUCGGAGAGAGGCCAAAGAAGUGGCUAGAAGACCAUAUGCCACUUAAGGUCAAAUGGGCAAGAGCAUUUGAUACCAACGGGCGUCGUCAUAGCAUCAUGACUAGUAAUAUGGCCGAGAGUUUCAAUAAUGUAUUGAGAGGCAUUCGGAAACUGCCGGUUACAGCUAUUGUGGCAUACACAUUUUCGAAGUGCAAUAGUUGGUUUGUCGAUAGACAUAAAGAGGCAACUGUAGAUAUCCUGUGUGGAAAGAAGUGGCCCACAAAAGUUAAGGACAUGUUGGAGGAGCAGCAAAGACGAACCUUGGGGCAAAGAGCAGCAUGUUUUGAUUUCCCUUCGAUGAAGUAUGAGGUCAGCGAGCAAGGCGGAGUCACGGCGGCUGGGGUUCAAUGGGGUGGACGUCACUACGUCGUGGUUGCGAGAGAUAACACAUGUAGUUGUCAGUUCCCUCAGCUCCAUCACUUGCCAUGCUCCCACAUGAUAACCGUUUGUAAGUUGCGAGGUUUGGAUGUGGAGGUGGCCCCCCGAAUGUGUUAUGAAGCUUCCAAUAAGGCUGUGCAGGACUCGUACUCCCCUAGGUUUGAACCUUACCUAGAUCCAUCGCAGUGGCCAAGUUAUGAUGGAGAGUUCUUCGUGCCCGACUUGUCGUUAAAGAACAACACACGAGGAAGAAGAAGGACAAGAAGGUUCAAGAACGAUAUGGACAAAGCAUACAAAAGCUCAGCCAACCGACGGUCACAAAAGCCGAACAAUACAAAUUCAGAGCCGGUCAUGCAAAAUAGAUGCUCGCUAUGCCACGAACUAGGCCAUAAGAAAACUAGGUGCCCGAAGCGAGACAAGUCUAAGGAUCGACCGAAAAAGCGCCGUAGGACGGGGGGAGGUGGUGAGGGUAGCACACAGGAUGGAGCACUUUCCGGGGUUGGAGGAUUUCUACGAGGAGAAGCACCGGGCCCCACAGAUUGCCAGCGGAGAGCGCUUGAAGACCCUUCGAGUCAGAGGUCACACGGCGCACAUACUGUUCGACGACCGGUACGUCCCGUACAUACGGCGGGCGAAGCUCUUGGCGUUCGUGACCAUGGCGCAGCGACCGGUGCCUCUGUACAACGCCGCUGCUCUGACGGCCCUAGUGGACCGGUGGCGUCCAGAGACACACACCUUCCACCUACCGUGCGGGGAGCUGACGGUCACUCUGGAGGACGUCGCCAUGAUCCUGGGUCUUCCUAUCCGGGGUCAGGCGGUCACAGGUGACACAGCUUCGGGGAACUGGAGGGAGAGGGUCGUGGAGUACCUUGGUCUGGAGCCUCCAGUGGCACCUGAUGGUCAGAGGCAGACGAAGACAUCAGGGGUUCCUUUGAGUUGGUU